GCCGUUUCCAAUUGAACUACUGGACAGUACUUGGCUGACCGACAAAUCGCUCGUAUACUGUACCUCGCUAUCGUUGAUCAAGCUCUUCCAAAGUACCAACACACCGCUUUUGCAAUGCAAGCUCCAGACGUGGAUGUCAUCUUGGAGCGACUCCGACACUACAUCCCAGAGCACCCGCAAGAGUCGCUGUCGUCGAGCCUGCGGGCACUUCCAACGGCAGCAGUGCUCGUCGGGCUGUUCUACUGCGAGACGACGCACUCUGUUCGGGUGCUGCUGACCAAGCGGGCGGUCGACAUGCGAUCACACGGUGGCGAAGUUGCAUUCCCUGGUGGGAAACGAGACGAUACAGACCGAGAUGCUGCGCACACCGCGCUGAGAGAGGCCGAGGAGGAGGUCGGCUUGCCGCAAACUUGGCCGCAGGUGAUCAAAGCCAUGGCACCGUUCGUGUCCAAGAACCUGCUGCUCGUCACGCCAGUCGUAGCAUGGCUGGGCAAUCGCUCGCAAUUACCGCGCCUUACACCAAACCCGCGCGAGGUGUCUGUCAUUUUCGACGCCCCCUUUGACAUGUUUGCGCUGGGCCUGCACCAUUCGUUCAUGGACAUUUCCUUCCGCUCCGUCCCGUUCCGUAUUCACUUUUUCGACUAUCCCAUCGAUGCCCUGUCGCUGCUGGCGACUUCCGACAAGGUCGAUCCGACCCUGACGAGCUCUGCCAACAUUUUCGGGUUGACGGCUUUGGUGCUCAUCGUCGCCUCCAAGGUUGCGUACGAGCACACACCCAGCUUUAGCCUCAUGCCUCCUGGCGGUCUAUUACCGACGCAGCUUGAGCUUGAUGGCGAUCGCUUUGUGCUUCCAGCGACGCACCAGCCUUCGAGUCGGUUGUAAAGAUUGUUGGGGGGGGGUACUACUACGCUACGCUUUGUAGUGCACAUGGUCGCCCUUCGGGCUCUAGUAACAACUCCCAAAUAAACAGUGCCCCC